GGGGAAAAAAAAAACUUUUUAGUAACUUUUAAGUUAAAAUUCACCAAGAAGAAUUUUUGGGGGUCAGUUACUAACACAUUCCUAGAUCUCACGGUUUCCAGAAUUCCAGGCUUUUUUAGUCAUUGUGUUGUUUUUUUCCCUUUCUCGAGAUAAAUUCUGUCUUUAUUUCCUUUUAAGCUCAAUGUUGCCAGUUUUAGCAUAAUUGAGUAAAAGAAAGAAACUUGGCAUUUGGGUGUUUUGAGGUUUUUCCAGUUCUUGAAAGUGCUAGUUGUGUAGAGACUGAAACUUUGUCAUUUGGGUGUUUGAGGUUUUUUCAGUUUCUUGAAAGAGCUAGUUGUAUAAAGACUGGAACUUUAUCAUUUGGGUGUUUGAGCUUUUUCCAGUUCUUGAAAAGCUAGUUGUGUAAAGACUGAAACUUUAUCAUCUGAGUGUUUGAGGUUUUCAAUCUUGAAAUGAGCUAGUUGUGUAAAGACUGAAACUUUGUCAUUUUGGUGUUUGAGAUUUUCCAAUUCUUGAAAGCUAGUUGUGUAAAGAUUGAAACUUUGUCAUUUGGGUGUUUGAGGUUUGCAAUCUUAAAAUGAACUAGUUGUGUAAAUACAGAGACUUUGUCAUUUGGGUGUUUGAGCUUUUUCCAGUUUCUUGAAAGAGCUAGUUAUGAAAACACUGAAACUUUAUCAUCUGUGUGUUUGAGAUUUUCAAUCUUGAAAUGAGCAAGUUUAUCAGGUGUUUGUGGAGGGGUUGAAAAUGGAUAAAAAGGGCAUUUUUUUUAAUGAUAAAUUAUGGAGUUUUGUUAGAAAAAUUACUUUGUUGAGUAGGUGAGAUUGUAGAAAUCUGUACUGGAAAGAAUGUUGUAUCUGUUUUGGAAUGUGGGGCUGCUACUGUUUUGUACAUUGAUGGAGAGUUCUUCUGCUACACUUUCUCCUGCUGGUGUAAACUAUGAAGUUGUAGCUUUGACGGAAAUUAAGAAGGCCUUACAUGACCCCUAUAAUGUUCUGGACAAUUGGGAUGUGAAUUCUGUAGACCCCUGCAGUUGGAGAAUGGUCACUUGCUCCUUGGAUGGCUAUGUGUCUGCUCUAGCACUACCUAGUCAAAGUCUAGCUGGCACCUUAUCGCCUGGAAUUGGCAAUCUUACUAACUUGCAAUAUGUAUUGUUGCAAAACAAUGCCAUUUCUGGUCAUAUUCCUGAUGUGAUUGGGAAGUUACAAAAGCUUCAGACACUUGAUCUUUCCAACAAUAAAUUUGAAGGCGAAAUACCCACUUCCUUCGAAGACCUGAAGAAUUUGAAUUAUUUGGAUGUCUCUUAUAAUAAUCUAAGUGGUACCCUUCCUAAAAUAUCAGCACGAGCUUUCAAAGUGCUCGGGAAUCCUUUAAUUUGUGGUCAAGGUUCUGAGAAUAAUUGCUCAGCAGUCUAUCCAGAACCACUGUCCUUCCCACCUGAUAGUCUGGCAGAUCAAUCUGGUGCUGCACGCAAGAGCCGUCGCGUGGUUGUUGCGUUUGUUGCAAGUUUUGGUGCUGCUUUCUUGGUCAUAAUAGCCCUCGCUUUGCUUCUUUGGUGGCGCUACAGAAAUAAUCAGCAGAUCUUCUUUGAUGUCAAUGAUCAUUGUUAUCCAGAGGUAUGCUUGGGUCACCUGAAAAGGUACACCCUUAAGGAACUGCGGACUGCCACUGACCAUUUCAGCUCAAAACGUAUUUUGGGAAAGGGAGGAUUUGGGGUUGUGUACAAGGCCAGCUUAAACAAUGGUACUGUUGUGGCCGUCAAACGAUUGAACGACUACAAUGCUGUUGGUGGUGAAAAUCAAUUUCAGACAGAAGUAGAAUUGAUUAGUUUGGCUGUCCAUCGGAAUCUUCUCCAUCUUCUGGGGUUUUGUUCAACUGAAAGUGAACGGCUUCUUGUUUACCCCUAUAUGCCAAAUGGAAGUGUAGCAUCACGAUUAAAAGAUAGCAGAAAUGGUAAACCAGUUUUAGACUGGUCAAGGCGGAAAAAGAUAGCACAGGGUACAGCAAGAGGGCUAGUUUACUUGCAUGAGCAGUGUGAUCCCAAAAUUAUCCAUCGUGAUGUCAAAGCAGCAAACAUUCUGUUGGAUGAAGAAUUUGAGGCAGUAGUUGGUGAUUUUGGGUUGGCAAAGCUCUUGGAUCACCACGAUUCCCAUGUGACUACUGCUGUUAGGGGCACCAUUGGCCACAUUGCUCCAGAAUAUUUGUCUACUGGCCAAUCGUCUGAAAAAACUGACGUUUUUGGGUUUGGAAUCUUGCUACUUGAGCUGAUUACAGGCCAGAAAGCUAUGGACUUUGGUCGAGGGGCCAACCAGAAAGGUGUUGUUAUGCUUGAUUGGGUGAGAAAUCUGCAUCAAGAGGAUAAAUUGAACCUUAUGGUAGAUAGCAAUUUGAAAAAUAACUUUGACCAGAUUGAGCUAGAAGAGAUGGUUAAAGUUGCCCUUCUAUGCACCCAUUUCAACCCUUCUCAUCGCCCAAAAAUGUCCGAAGCAUUAAGGAUGUUAGAAGGCGAUGGAUUGGCUGAAAAAUGGGAGGCAUCACAAAAGCUCGAGACUCCAAGAAACCGACCUUUUGAACAUACUCCACAAAGGUAUUCCAACUACGUCGAAGACUCUUCACUAGUUGAACCAAUGGAACUUUCUGGACCUAGAUGACAUCCAUUUUGCGUUCUCGAUUCUUAUCAUCCUUGAGUUGCUAAAGUUGAAGUGAGAAGUAUUUCAUUGCUGUUGAAUGUAUGUAUUCAUUCUGUAAAAGAAAGGGGAAUAAGUCAUGUGUAAGCUGAGUUCAUAUAUGAUGAAUCCCUUCUUGUUCUUUCAAUUUUUUAAAUGAUAUGCCAUGUAAUUAUGAUUUCAUUAGUUCUUUUUAUAUGAAAGAUUUGAGAUUUAUGGU